AAAGUAUGAAAUUAUGGAAAAUUUCUAAUCAGUUGAGUCAUCGUUCAAAUUUUGAAAUAUGUAGAAAAGAGUUUUUUAAUGGUAAGUAAUAAUGGAUGUUUUUAUCGAGCUAUAAUAUACUUAGACAACGACAAUCGGUUAUAUCAGUAUUCGUAAAUUAUCUUUGGAUCUGCUGAUUCCAUCUGCUACGACUCAGAACUUACCUACAGCUGCGAGUCUUUCGUAAUAUUUUAUCAAUCACGUAUGUACAUAUAGAUUGUACGUAAAGACGACAUACAAAAAAUAUCUGAGAAACAUAUAAAUUUGCUUGAACAAAUUAAACAAGCAGAAAUGUUUAAAGCGUUUAAUAUAUAUAAUACAUGUCAAAAUAAAAUUUGACCAGGUAUGAGCUAACAACUUUAAUAAUUUAUUUAAAAAUUUCUACAAUAAAGUCUCAACGAUCAGACAAAUAAAUUUUCUGCUGAAAGUACAAAAACUCGGGAAAGAUUAUUAAAAAAUUUAUUGUGAAUAAUAUUGUUCGGUAAUGCAUUGUCUGACAUCGCGAGUGUAUGACUGUUGAUAAAUUCUUAUCGUAAGAGUAUCGAAAUCGCACAACGUGAUAUUAUGACACCCGUUUAUCUGUCGCGCUAUCAAACCACGAAGAUAGCAGACGAGUAGAUCUAAAAGUAUAAUAAAAACCACAUAUCAACUUGUGGUUUCUUAUUUUUUCCGUUUCGCGCGAAUUCGCGUAAAAUAUAAAAAGAGAAGGCAUCGCUGAAGAAUAGCACAAGUCCCAAAUCGCCGUCGCUCAAAAAUCAAAACUUUGCACCGACAUACUCGUAUCGAAUUUUGCAACAUUACAUUUUAAAAUCGCUAUUCCAUCUGUCUACCGUAAAGCAUAGAAAAAUAUUUAUUCGAAGAUUAUUAAAGUCCUGCUUUACCCGUGGUUGACCUUCCUUGUCGCGUAACGGGCCGUACAAAUCACUCGUCAGUAUCGCUUGUCCAUUAGAAACGUGCGCUGCACGACCGACGAGCCGUACAGCAGGUGCACCUCUUGCCCGGAAGCCAAGCGGGAGAUCGAAGAUCUCGAAUUAAUAAUCGUUUUGGUGGCACGCGAUCUCGACGAAAAUGGCGGAUCAAGAAAAGAAGAAGGUGUGCGUGAUUGGUGCUGGCGCAGCUGGUCUGUGUGCUGCCAGGCAUUUGGCGGCAAACGCAAAAUUCGAAGUGACCGUCUAUGAGCAAACGAACGAGGUAGGAGGCACAUGGGUGUACAAGGAGCAAGUUGGCCUCGAUGAAAAUGGCUUGCCGAUUCACUCCAGCAUGUAUAAAAAUAUGAGAACAAAUUUACCCGUGCAGAUUAUGAAUUUUCCGGAUUAUAUAAUGAUGCAUGCGCAACAGCCGAGUUGCUUGGGUCAUCAGGAGAUUUUGAACUAUCUUAAAGAUUACGCCACACAUUUCGACAUUAAUCGAUAUAUUCAAUUCGAGACGAAUGUUGAACACGUCAAAGUUGAAACAUCAAGCAAUGGUCAAGAUAUAUGGUUAGUGGAAGUGAAAAAAUUAAAAACCGGUGAAACGGAACUGGGAUAUUUCGAUGCGGUAAUGGUCUGCAAUGGACAUUACUUCGAACCUAACAUACCGAGCAUAGCCGGCAUAGAGACUUUCUCAGGUACGGUAUUGCACAGUCACUCCUACAGGAAACCGGACGUAUUUUCCGGAAAAACUGUGCUGGUGCUGGGUGCCGCUUCAUCUGGUACGGACAUUGCGUUAGAAUUAUCCAAUUACGCAACUCGCGUGUACGUAAGCUCCAAUUACAAAAAACGGGCGGGUCCUCUGCCAGAAAACCUGGAACAAGUCAUGGGUGUCGUGUGCGUACAUGAAAGUACGUUUUAUCUGCGGGAUGCGACCACCGUCGAGGCCGUCGACGCUUUCAUUUGCUGUACCGGUUACAAGUAUAGCUUCCCGUUCUUGGACGAGAACUGCGGUAUACACGUGGACGACAAUUACGUGUCACCGCUCUAUAAACAUCUCGUUAACAUCGAGCAUUCGACGAUGUGUAUUGUCGGCAUACCCACGAUUGUCCUGCCGUUUCCCAUGUUUCACAUGCAGGUGCAGUACUUUUUGGCUUUGCUGGAAGGACAUGCAGUGUUGCCCGUAAAGUCGGAGAUGCUGGAAGACUCCGCUUGUAAAACUCUCCGAAAGAAACACGCGCAUAAGUUAAUGGACAGCCAAUGGGAGUAUAACGAUUCAUUAGCGAUCGUUGCUGGAGUCGACCGCUUACCGCUAUUUUACAAACUUGGUUACACUGAGUGGGCACAACAGCGAGAUCGUAAUUUAUUACGCUACAAGGAUUCCAGAUUCGUUAUUUCCGACAACGGACAAAACGUCGAAGUGACCCUGCCGGAGUUAUAACGAUCAAUUUUGUGAUUUUUCACGAUGCUAAGCGACUGUCAAGUGCUUAGCACGAAUCAAGUUCAUAUUAUCAUACCGAGCGUUUGAUAGCGCAGUAUUUUAAUUAUAAACUAAAAUGUUUUGAUUAUUGAUUGACACAAGCAGACACAUAUAUUAUGUAUAACUGUUAUAUUAAUUUAAUUACAAUUAUAUUUUAAUGCAUAUCGUUUGCAACGAUGUGCUUAC